AUGAUUGGAUUUCGAGUUCUUCGUCCGGCUGGACCACAUCCGCAAGUGUUUUACCCAGAAGGGCGGCAUCUUUGUGCUGGAGGAGUACAAUCCCAAAACGCGCAAUCUCAUCCAACGGAAGUACCAGUCAAGCAUGGCGGCGGAGAUCGUACUGAGCUUCCAUCGGGUCACAUCCGUGCAGUUCGCCUACAUCUGCCACCUGAACGCGGCCAGCCAGCGAGGUACAGUCGGCGCCAAAAAGCAGGCAACCGUCCGGGGGACGACGGAAGUGGAACAGCGUCUUCAAGUGCAGCCACCAGGGAGUGCCUAAAGCGAGUGCCUAAUCCGAAUGAAUAUGAAUCAAAUCUAUGUGCCUAUUCCGAUCAGAUUUGCUACUCGGUGCUGUGCGUCUUCUCCUACGUGGCGGCUGGCCAGGAUCAGAAGAAGAACCCGGUGGUCAUAACGCCCCAGAUCCAGGACAUUCACGCCCAGCAAAAGCAGAAGCAUCAGCAGCAGCAGCAGAAACAGCAGCCACAUCCUUCUCCACAAUCUCAUCCAGGACCUUCGGCGGUGUCUACCCCGCCCCCGGUUCAAGCCAAACCCAAGCCCCAGGCAGGAUCGGGAGGCAACAUCUCUAUACGGCAUACGGUGCCCAUGCAGAAGCCCACCAUCACCAUGUCCACGGUGCAGCCUCAGGCUAGGAUGCCCCUGCAAACGGUGGCUCCUCCUCCUGUGGCUGCUGCGCCGCCGCCGCCCGGAAAGCUGCCCCAACUGCCGCCACGGGUACCCUCCCAGCCCUCCACCGAGAGCUUGGCGUCCAUCAGCUCGCCACCACCCAAGCUUCGGACCGGACCCCCGCCAGCCAUCCCCCCACGUACCGGAGCCAUCGCCCGCAGCGGAUCGGUGCCGGCGGCCACCCGGGCCUUCGUCCGCCAGGCUUCUGCCAACUCAACGCCUCCGCAGUACACGCCGCAACCACCACCGCCCUUCGUCAUACCCAAGCGGCACGGAGGCGGCCUGGCCCGAGCCUCCACCUUGUCGGCGGCUCCGGCAGCCGCCUCCUCCGGCUCCCCCUUCGGCCAUGCCCAUCCGCAGGCGCAGCAGCGCGCCAGCCAUGGCAGCGUCGCUGCCUCUGUGCUCCAGUCCAUGCCGGAGACGGAGCCCGGCUACGGAUCUGGCUCCGGCUCCGGCUCGAGUUCCGGCUCCGGGUCGGCCGCGGGCUCCAUUGCCAGCGCCUCACCGCUGGCCCACCGCAAGCACUGACGAAGGAGUUCGUUCUUCAAGUUCGGAGGGGGUGCCGCCGCAGCCCCAGCAGGGGGCGGGGGUGGCGGACCAAUGGGGGAGGAGCCGCACCCCCAUCCCCACCCCCGUCGCGAGGUGUGCCGCACCAUUUGCAUACCGUGGCUGUGAUCCAAGAGGUCACCGUCGCCGCAGGAGCCGUUUCGUUCGAGUUAACUUAGCUAGAAAAAGGCCAAACAGAAAGGACCUCCUGGAAAUCCUUGCAGUGACUGAAAUACGGUAUAUAUUUAUUGUUGAAAGUAUAGGUUUUAGUUGAGUAACAAUAUUUUAAUCGUGGGAUAGACGAGUGUUUCUUGUUGAGAGUUUUAAAAGUAUAUGUAGAGCAUCCUUUUCACUGCAAGGUGCUCCGGUGGUCCUGUGGCACAUUGUUUCUAUAUGCCAGUUAUGCUAUAUACACAUACAUAUAUACAAUUAUGAACUAUAUUCGAUUCUAGCCAAAUCAUAUCAUUAGCCGCAUUAGCCGCUUCAGUCACCAACUACGCCCCAUAGACGAAUUGUUUCCUGCUAAGCUUUAAGGCAGAUGGCGCCACUGAAAACCAAUUUACUCGCUUUACCUACCUAUCUAUAGAUCAUAGAACAUAUGGGGACUCGACUAUGUAAUCGGGGCAUAUUGUAUAUAUGCCCAGCAAGGGCACAAACCACAAACAGAAAUUGAAGGCAAUCUAGUUAGGGAUAUAGUAUACUACACCAGGUAAACCCCACACCCACAUACUAUACUGUGUCUGUGUGUCUACGAUCAGAAAUCUAUAUAAAUAUAAAUAUAUAUAUAUUUGUGGUAAAGGAAUUUAACUAGUUCUACAAGUCUAACAAAUCCAAACAAAUCUAAACCAAAUCCAAAGGGAAGGGAAGAGGACACGAAAGCUUAAGGUAUAAAGCCCAAGAUCCUUGGGAGUAGGGGAGUUAAUCUUUUAAGGAAUUGUCAGGGAACAUUUAUGGAAGAGGGGGACUCCGAGGAGAGCAAUACGCAUGUCUGUCAUAUACAAUACAAGAUAUAUACACAUCUAUAUAUACUAUAUAAUAUACAUACCGAAUAAAUAACUAUUUUUGUUUGCUGGUUCUGGAUGUUGACAAAAAAAAGGAAGAUUAUAAGAAUAAACCAAUAAUAAUAUUGAAUCCCAGCACCCAUAAAUACACACAUAUAUAUAUAUAUGGUAAAUGUACCCCUAAUUGUGUAUAUACCAAACUAUAUGAUCGAUUGAUUGUAUUUUUCAAAGUUCAAACAGAAUAAUAAACAAAACAAAGAAAA